UGCAUUGCCCCUCCUCCUCCUGCUCUCGCUCCUUGCUCGGUUGCGUAUAAGUAUUCCAUCUCAAGCCAAUUUGCAGCAUGAUUGACAAGUAUGCGAAUCUGGCUCUCUGAAGGCUUAAACGUGCUUUGCAGUGUUCCUUAUGUAAAACCCUUUCAAAAGUGAUUAAGUCGCGUUUUCCUUCGACUGUGAUUCUUCGCGGUGAAGUAGUUGGGAAUUGCGAGGAAGUGUUUUGGAAAGUCUGGUUUCGAAAGAUCUAGAUUGGGAAGAUCAGAGUGUGGUAGUGAAACAAAAAUAACCGAAAGGUUUGGUGAGGAUGGUUGAGAAAGUAGUGGUGUCGUCUUUGCGUGUCAAGCGAGGAGGCAAUCUCUUGGCGCCACUGAAGAGGAAUGUGUCCAGCAUUGCUAAGAAAUCCUCAACGCCAAAGAGUGGGAAACCGGUAGGGAGCCCCAAAGUGUACAAAGGAGUGCGCAUGCGGACUUGGGGGAAGUGGGUGUCGGAAAUUCGAGAGCCGAACAAGAGGUCACGAAUCUGGUUGGGCUCAUUCCCCACUGCAGAAAUGGCAGCCAAAGCGUACGAUGCCGCUGCGGUGUGCUUGCGCGGACGAUCCGUGAAGCUGAACUUCCCCGACAGCCCUCCUCGAUGCGCAGCCCGUUGCAAUUCGCCGCGCGAAGUCCAAGCGGCAGCGACCGCAGCCGCCGUGGCAUGCAUUCCAUCUGCAACCGCUCUGACCGUGGCCAAUUUCCAAUCUCCCGCUCAGACAUUGGAGAGCAGUCCACUUCACUCAUCGCCUUCGUCUUCCGACAUGAGCUCUGGGGAUGAAGACUCAGGGGAGGAUUCAGUCCAGAGCUUUGUCGCGGAGGGGUCUCAGAUUUCCCCUUCAGAAGUUGUGCCAGUAUUGGAAUGGGUUAAGGUGGAAUUCGGCGACAAGGAAACGGUUGCUGCUGGGGACGUUGAUUUUGAUUGUGACUAUUCUUUCAUCUCUGAAUUCGCAGCUGACUCCUUACUGGCUUGUUCCUACAACAGCAAAGGUAGAACUGAGUACUUGCCUAUAGAAACUCACGACGCGGCUCUCUAUGAUUCCACACUUUGGUUCUUCUAGCCGACAAGAUUUGGCCUGGAUCUGGAACUUUUUUAAACUGUUCCGGGAUUUGCAACUCUGCUCGCUCAAAUGCUUGGCAAUGCAUAUUCAAGAGAGGUGUCCGAAAUUAAGCAACCGAUUAGAAAUUUUGAGGCCCUUUGUGAAAGUUGAAGCGUUUUCCACGAGACUGAAACAUAGAAUUGGGUUUUUGGAAGUUUUUGACACUGAAAACGGAAGUGUUUGCUGUGUUUGUAUUAGCGGAUCGUUUCCUAGGGUCUGAAAGAUCAGGUUGGAAUUGGGAGUUUUUGACGCUCUUCUUGAUGCGUUUCCCCGUUUUAUUUAGCGGGUUUCUCCAACGACUGCUUAGAAAUGCACAUGGUGUUUUUCUUUUUUUGUGAAUGCAAACAUGACCCAAGCCAUUUGGCCUUUGCAACACGUAGUGUAGUGGAUACUUAGCAUAUCAGAUAUGUUUUUGACAACUCAGAGCAAGCUGGGACCGACUGAAAAAGACUUUGUAGUUCAGGGAUUUUAGUAUGUCAGUUUCCUGCAGCAACAAUGUACAGAUCAGCCAUGUUCAAGGCCACUCCAUCUAAACUUUUGUGGAAUGAUUCAGUCUCGUCAACUUUA